AUGAAAAGGAAACGAAAGGCUCCCAAAGUCCAGCCUGCCGAUGCAGGGACCCAGCCUGCACUGCGCUGGGAGCGCGAGAUCAGUGACAACAAAUGGCAGAUCUUCCCACCUGGACAGAGUGAGGCCCUGAGCCAAGCCACUCGGGUGCGGAAAAGUACAGAAGAUUUUGGGGAAGACAUUGUGGACCUGUGCAAGAUGGUGGAGUGGAACAAGCAGAGCGGUGAGGAGAACCGUGUCCGUGUGGCUGUCUGGGAUCAGAAAUCCUAUUUGGUCUGGCAAUGGGAAGGAGACCAAGAAAACGGCUGGAUCCCAUACCCCGCUGCUACCUGCUUGGAUUUACAGGCAGCCAAGAACGGUCACCGGGAGCCCAUAGUGGACUUGACAGUUGGUCGGACCCGCUACAAGCUGGACACGGACCGCAUGGUGCAGAGAAACCAGCGGACUAAAUUUGAACGUCAGAUGGAAUGCAGGGAAUCAGAUGCAACAGAGGCUGCGGGCGGAUCCCAGCUGAACAGCCGUGACUUGGACGCCAGUACGGCGGUUCCUCCUAAGAAGUCCCAGACCGAAUUAGAUGCCCCAGCAUCGCAUGGGGAAGGAGAUGGGCUGGGAGACGACAUUUACGACGUGAUGUUAAAUCAGACAAACCUUCAAUUCAACAACAAUAAAUACUACCUCAUACAACUGUUGGAAGAAGACAAUGCACAGAACUACAGCGUCUGGAUGCGCUGGGGGCGCGCGAAAGCCAAAGACAUCUUCACCAAAAAGUUCCUAGACAAAACCAAAAACGAAUGGGACAAACGGAACAGCUUCCAGAAAGUCUCAGGCAAAUACGAUCUCCUUCAUCUGGACUACGAAGCCAGAGAUGCUAAGAAUUCAGCAGAAGCUGCCCCUGAGAAGACAAUCUCUAAGCCCAAGCCAGUUUCCCAGCUGGAGCCACGGGUGCAGGCUUUGCUAGAGCUGAUAUGUAAUAUUCGGACGAUGGAGGAGAUGGUGAUCGAGAUGAAGUACGACACCCGGAAAGCUCCACUAGGAAAGCUGACAGCUGAGCAGAUCCAGGCAGGGUACCGGUCAUUACAGAAAGUGGAAGCAUGUCUGAAGCGGAGUCAGACUGGUGCUGCCCUGCUGGAAGCUUGCAAUGAAUUCUACACACGGAUCCCCCAUGACUUCGGGCUGAAAACACCACCACUAAUAAAAUCUUUAAGGGAACUCCAAGAAAAGGCACAGCUGCUGGAGGCUCUCAGUGAGAUCCGUAUUGGCAUCAAACAUGUGCAGUCAGAACAGUUGGAUCUGGAGCAUCCUUUGGACCGGAGCUACAGGAGUCUCGACUGUGAACUCCAGCCCUUGGAAAAGGCCAGUGAUGUUUUCCAGGCUCAUGUUUAUUGUGAAGGAGACGACAUUUACGACGUGAUGUUAAAUCAGACAAACCUUCAAUUCAACAACAAUAAGUACUACCUCAUACAACUGUUGGAAGAAGACAAUGCACAGAACUACAGCAUCUGGAUGCGCUGGGGGCGCGUGGGUAAGCCUGGCCAGCACUCCCUCGUGCCUUGCUCUGGAGAUUUAGCGAAAGCCAAAGACAUCUUCACCAAAAAGUUCCUAGACAAAACCAAAAACGAAUGGGACAAACGGAACAGCUUCCAGAAAGUCUCAGGCAAAUACGAUCUCCUUCAUCUGGACUACGAAGCCAGAGAUGCUAAUUCAGCAGAAGCUGCCCCUGAGAAGACAAUCUCUAAGCCCAAGCCAGUUUCCCAGCUGGAGCCACGGGUGCAGGCUUUGCUAGAGCUGAUAUGUAAUAUUCGGACGAUGGAGGAGAUGGUGAUCGAGAUGAAGUACGACACCCGGAAGGCUCCACUAGGAAAGCUGACAGCUGAGCAGAUCCAGGCAGGGUACCGGUCAUUACAGAAAGUGGAAGCAUGUCUGAAGCGGAGUCAGACUGGUGCUGCCCUGCUGGAAGCUUGCAAUGAAUUCUACACACGGAUCCCCCAUGACUUCGGGCUGAAAACACCACCACUAAUAAAAUCUUUAAGGGAACUCCAAGAAAAGGCACAGCUGCUGGAGGCUCUCAGUGAGAUCCGUAUUGGCAUCAAACAUGUGCAGUCAGAACAGUUGGAUCUGGAGCAUCCUUUGGACCGGAGCUACAGGAGUCUCGACUGUGAACUCCAGCCCUUGGAAAAGGCCAGUGAUGUUUUCCAGGUACUGGAGCGCUAUUUGCUCUCCACCCAUGCUCCCACCCACAAGGAUUACACAAUGACUCUGGUCGAGGCCUUUGAAGUGAACAAGAAAAGCUCAGAAGCCACUUUCCGUUUUGACCUGUCCAACAGGAUGCUGCUGUGGCACGGAUCUCGCCUGGGGAACUGGGCGGGGAUUUUGAGCCAGGGGUUGCGUGUGGCACCACCAGAAGCACCCAUCACGGGCUAUAUGUUUGGAAAAGGCAUUUACUUCGCGGACAUGUCCUCUAAGAGUGCCAAUUACUGUUUUGCCACUCGCGAGAAAGACAUCGGCCUCCUCCUGCUGUCAGAGGUUGCGCUAGGAGAGUGCAAUGAACUGUUGGAGGCCGAUCCAGAAGCAGAACGACUGCCAGCCAGCAAACACAGUACCAAAGGCUUAGGCAAAAUUGCUCCAGCCAGUUGUGUUUCUCUGCAUGAUGCAACUGUUCCCCUGGGCCCAGCUGUAGAAACUGGGAUAGCAAACCCUCGUGGCUAUACCCUGAAUUACAAUGAAUUCAUUGUCUAUGACCCCUGCCAGGUGCGUAUGAAAUACCUUCUGAAGGUGCGCUUCAAUUUUGUACAGCUGUGGUGAAUGGGGUGAAAAAAAUGGAGAAGAAAAACUGGCAUAAGAGUGACAUCUUGAAGCAUAUGGAUGGUUCUCUUUCCAUGGGACAUGUCAAGUGCUUUCUGGCUGAGAGGCUGAGAGCGCAACUCCUGAAACUGACUCUUUAUCACGGGUUAGAAAACUUUUGCCGUGUUUUAAUUUACUUUUCUGCUAUGAAGUUUGCUCCUGAAUGACAAAAACUAUGCUAUGAAGGAAAGCUAAUCCUCAGAAUUUCCAGGUGGUCGUUAUUUUUUCUUGGAUGGUCUGAAAAUUAGUUCCAAUAGAAACACACCAAU